AACUCGUUAGUCAAUUCUUAAACUGCACUCCCUUCUCUCUCUCUCUCUCUCUCUCUCUCUACACAAACACUCCCAAUUUUCCGAUGUCUUCAAUUCAAUCCUCCUCCUAAACCACCGCGCACUCCUCCACCGCGACCGCCGCAAGUAUAAUCAGUCAACCCACCCACCCAUUCAUUUUGAAACACACUCACAACAUAUGGGCGAGCAAACCCAGGGCCAAACCCAAACCCAAGCCCAGCCCCAGACUCCGACUCAAGCUCCGACACCGACUAAGCCGCCGCCGCACCAUGACUCCAUCGACGAUACCACAAUCGCCCAAGUCGGCCCCACGCCCACCGAGCUGAGCAAUGCUCCGUCCAAGACCUCCUCCCCACCUUCUAAAAUCCCCUUCCGCCCCCGAAAGAUCCGGAAGCUCUCGCCCGACAGCGCCGACCCCGCUUCCUCCCUUCAAAUCGUCGUCGUACCGGAAGCCCCCAAACCUGUCGCCGCCACCAAGGCUUCCAAGAUCAAGACCGUUCCGCAGCGCACCGUUUCGGCGCCCAAAAUUGUAGCGCGGCCGCUCUCCUGCGAGGGAGAGAUCGAGACGGCGAUUCGCUAUCUCCGAAACGCCGAUCCGCUCCUGGCUCCGUUGAUCGACCUCCACCCGCGGCCGACCUUCGAUAACUUCCACACCCCCUUCCUUGCCCUAACCCGCAGCAUUCUCUACCAGCAACUCGCGUACAAGGCCGGCACGUCGAUCUACACGCGCUUUAUCGGGCUGUGCGGCGGCGAGGCCUGCGUCGUACCCGAAACCGUGCUCGCCCAGACGCCGCAGCAGCUCCGGCAAAUCGGAAUUUCGGGCCGGAAAGCGAGUUACCUCCACGACUUGGCGCGGAAGUACCAGAACGGCAUUCUAUCGGACUCGGCGAUUGUAAAUAUGGACGACAAGUCGUUGUUCACAAUGCUGACGAUGGUCAACGGGAUCGGGUCUUGGUCUGUGCACAUGUUCAUGAUUAACUCGCUGCACAGGCCCGACGUGCUUCCGAUCAACGACCUCGGAAUCCGGAAAGGUGUUCAGCUUCUGUACAAUCUUGAGGAGCUGCCUCGGCCGUCGCAGAUGGAGCAUCUGUGCGAAAAGUGGCGGCCUUACCGGUCAGUAGCGACGAUGUAUAUGUGGAGAUUUUCUGAAUCAAAUGGGGCUCCUUCGAGUGCGGCCGGUGCGAGUCUGCGACCACAGCAGCUUCAGCAGCAGGAGCCACAACAGCAGCAGCAGCACUCGCAGCAUCCCCAGCAACAGCAGCUUAUGGAUUCCUUCAGCAGUCUUAUUAAUAUUGGGAAUGGGGCAUGCAUUCACGGUGAACUAUCCUUUUCCAUGCCAUGUGAUGCAGGGCCUGUACCUGGGGACCUUGAUCGGGAGUGGAAUUGAGCUGUUUGUCGGUCCAUCCGCCAUCUUUUUUUUAAACUCAGCUUGGGCAGUGCAAGAAUAUAGUUCGCCUGUGGAAAUUUUGCUGCCGAAAGCUCUGUGACAUUCAAGCCCUUCCAAGGAUCAGAGUGUGUUGAACCCUAUUCAGUAAUUAUGUUUUGGGAUUGAAUAAAUACUCUGUCUGUGCUCUGUUUUAUCGUCUUCAAUUUAGAAAACAUCGAUUCUAAGUGGGCGACGGGACUUCUUGUAGGAUUUGAUAGAAUGCAAUGCAUCAAUGCCUUUACGCCUGCA